AUGGAUGGAAAGUCGGACGUUGAGGUUCACAGGUACCACGUCCGACAGGUUCUUACAAUCAUGCGAAAGCAUCAAUUGUAUGCUAACCUCAAGAAGUGUAUAUUUGCAUCAAGCGAAAUACCACUUCUUGGGUGCAUUGUUGGUAAGAACGGUGUACGUCCUGAUCCCGAAAAGAUUAAGGUGAUCACCGACUGGCCUGUGCCGGUUGAUGUCAAAGGUCUUCGAAAAUUCCUCGAGUUAGCGGCGUAUUUGCACAAGUAUUCACGCAAUUACGCCGAGAUGACUGUGCACCUCUCUCGUUUGUUGAAAAAGAACGAGAGGUGGUUAUGGAACGCUGAAUGUCAGCGCUCCUUUGAGGGUAUCAAGCAGAGCUUGAUACAAUCCCCAGUCCUAUCAAUGGCCGAUCAGGACAGGCCAUUUCAUGUGGUCUGUGAUGCCAGCGAUUUCGCAAUCGGCUGUGCAUUAAUGCAGUACGAUCUUGAAGGCGUUGAACGCGUCGUCUGCUAUCAGUCGCGUCAGCUGCAACCAGCUGAGCGGAACUAUACAGUGCAUGACAAGGAACUCUUUGCCAUGAAGUAUGCACUCGCGAAGUUCAGAGUCUAUCUAUUAGGAGAUAGACCCUUCAUUGUUUACACUGACCAUGCGUCAUUACGCACGGCAGUGAACAGCCCACACCUUUCACAACGAAUGGCGCGGUGGUUGUCAUUCUUUGCGGAAUACAACUUUACGGUCGAGUACAAACCAGGACGACUUAAUGUCGUCGCUGAUGCACUCUCACGUCGUCCCGACUUUGAAACAGUCGCGAAACCCAACAUUGAGACAGUCACUGUUGCGGUUAUGACGUCCUCAGUCCCAUCUACAACGUUGUAUGAUGAUGUGAGGCGGGCAUACGCCCAAGAUGGUGAGAUUGUGAAGUUGUUGACACAUCUCUCCCAACCAUCUCGAGAAUCGUUGAAACAAUUGUCGCCUGCGUAUCGAUCUGCAUCAGAUCGAUACACUACUCGUAACGGGUUACUGUAUUAUACAGCCGUUUCUGGUGACACACCACGUGUUGUCAUUCCAGAUGAUACUGAGCUGCGUUUGCGGAUCAUGUUCGAGUAUCACGAUGCUCCUAUAGGAGGACAUCGUGGCCGGGAGAAAACAUAUCUCACGGUGAGUCGAGACUUUUACUAG